AUGGCGGCCGCGGGAAGCGGCGGUGGCUCCCCGUCCUCCGCCCGGCGGCGGCUGCGCAUCAUCUCUGGGCACUUGCGGGGCUCGCCACGGGCUCUGGAGCAGCAAGUGCUGUGCGCGGACCCCUGCAAGGCGCAGGGGGGCUCCUCUGGGCCGUCCUCCGGCUCUAUCCCGAAGAAGCGGCAAGAACUUCUUAAGUGGAAUGGAUGGGGAUAUAAUGACUCCAAAUUCAUCUUCAAUAAGAAGGGCCAAGCAGAAUUCACAGGAAAAAGGUACAGAUUAGGUGGUAUGGUAUUACCAACUUUUAAGGAAUGGAUAGAAAAAACCUUUGGAGCAAGUCUGGAGCACAAAACUACCUCUAGAGCAUCCUUAAAUAUUAAUGAUGUACCUCCAUCCAUCGUAAAUGAACAAUUUCUUCAAGAUCUCAGAGCUACUAGGAUCGCAUAUUCACAGGAUGCAGAAGAUAGGGUAUUCAGAGCUCAUGGUCACUGCCUACAUGAGAUAUUUGUACUCAGGGAAGGAAUGUUUAAGAGAAUUCCUGAUAUAGUUGUAUGGCCUGUGUGCCAUGAAGACGUAGUUAAGAUUGUGGAAUUAGCCUGCAAACACAAUGUCUGCAUAAUACCAUUUGGUGGAGGGACAAGCGUCUCUAGUGCCCUUGAAUGUCCUGAAGAAGAAAAAAGAACCAUUGUCUCACUGGAUACAUCACAAAUGAAUCGGAUUCUCUGGAUAGAUGAGAAAAACUUAACAGCUUGUGUGGAAGCUGGCAUUGUCGGACAAGAUCUGGAAAAACAGCUUGCUGAAAGUGGCUUCUGUACAGGCCAUGAACCAGACUCCAUGGAGUUCAGUUCACUAGGAGGAUGGGUAGCAACACGAGCAUCAGGCAUGAAAAAAACCAUCUAUGGAAACAUUGAAGAUCUGGUGAUUCAUAUAAAAAUGGUAACUCCUAGAGGAAUAGUAGAAAAAAACUGUCAAGUACCUCGCAUGUCAACGGGACCUGAUAUCCAUCACUUCAUUAUGGGAUCUGAAGGAAUUCUUGGAGUGGUUACUGAAGUUACGAUAAAGAUUCGCCCAGUUCCUGAAUACCAGAAGUAUGGCUCUGUGGUCUUCCCUAACUUUGAACGAGGGGUGGCCUGCUUAAGGGAAGUGGCAAAGCAGAGAUGUGCUCCUGCAUCAAUUCGCCUUGUCGACAAUGCACAGUUUCAGUUUGGUCAUGCCCUUAAACCACAAGUUGCUUCCAUUUUUACAUCAUUUUUGGAUGGACUGAAAAAAUUCUACAUCACAAAGUUUAAAGGAUUUGAUCCCAACAUACUAUGUGUAGCUACCUUGCUCUUCGAGGGCGACAGAGAGAAGGUUCUUCAGCAUGAAAAGCAAGUCUAUGAUAUUGCCGCCAAGUUUGGUGGCUUGGCAGCAGGAGAAGAUAAUGGACAGAGGGGAUAUAUGCUGACAUUUGUCAUCGCAUACCUUCGAGACCUGGGCCUGGAUUACUAUGUAGUAGGCGAGUCAUUUGAGACAUCUGUUCCUUGGGAUAGAGUUUUGGACCUUUGUAGGAAUGUAAAGGAAAGGAUAGUAAGAGAAUGCAAAGAAAAGGGUGUUCAGUUUGCUCCUCUUUCAACCUGCAGGGUGACACAGACAUAUGAUGCAGGUGCAUGUGUCUACUUCUACUUUGCCUUUAACUACAGAGGAAUUAGUGAUCCUAUUCAUGUCUAUGAAGAAAUUGAGAGGGCUGCUAGAGAGGAAAUACUUGCCAAUGGAGGAAGUCUGUCACAUCACCAUGGAGUAGGCAAAUUGCGGAAGCGCUGGAUGAAGGAGAGCAUCUCUGAUGUUGGCCUGGGAAUGCUGAGAUCUGUUAAGGAAUAUGUGGACCCUAAAAACAUCUUUGGAAACAAAAAUCUUUUAUAA